CGUCCGAUAUCUCGGGGAGAGUUUUCCUAGCCAGGCGCUCACGGGACUUUGGAUCUUAUUUGAGACUUUCUUCCUCGGGGGUGGUUGGACGUGAGGCUUCUGCAGCCCGUUCUCCCUCGCCCGGUCAGCGUCGCCGGAUCCCAGGUGCCGGCGACUCCUUCUCGGGACCCUCGGACCCCGAGCCCCCGUCGUGGGACCCGCGGGCCGCCACCAUGGACCAGGCGGCAGAGCUGCUCUUCUACGUGAACGGCCGCAAGGUGCUAGAAAAAAAUGUCGAUCCUGAAACAAUGCUGUUACCAUACCUGAGGAAGAAGCUCCGACUCACAGGAACUAAAUAUGGCUGUGGAGGGGGAGGCUGUGGCGCCUGCACUGUGAUGAUAUCACGAUAUGACCCCAAUACCAAGAGGAUAAGACAUUAUCCAGCCAAUGCCUGUCUGCUUCCCAUCUGUUCUCUGUAUGGUGCUGCUGUCACCACAGUAGAAGGCGUAGGAAGCACCAAGACCAGGAUUCAUCCUGUUCAGGAAAGGAUUGCCAAAUGUCAUGGCACACAGUGUGGCUUCUGCACUCCUGGGAUGGUGAUGUCCAUCUACACACUGCUGAGGAACCACCCAGAGCCCACCCUGACUCAACUGACUGAUGCCCUUGGCGGUAACCUGUGCCGUUGCACUGGAUACAGGCCCAUAAUUGAUGCAUGCAAGACUUUCUGUAAAACUUCUGGCUGCUGUCAAAGUAAAGAAAAUGGGGUUUGCUGUUUGGAUCAAGGAAUAAAUGGAUUACCAGAAUUUGAGGAAGGAAAUGAGACAAGUCUAAAACUCUUCUCAGAAGAGGAGUUUCUGCCAUUGGAUCCAACUCAGGAAUUGAUAUUUCCUCCCGAGCUAAUGAAAUUGGCUGAGAAGCAACCACACAAUACCAGAAUUUUUCACGGUGAUAGAAUGACUUGGAUUUCCCCAGUGACCUUGAAGGAACUUCUAAAAGCUAAAGCCAAGUAUCCCCAGGCCCCUGUUGUCAUGGGGAACACCUCUGUGGGGCCUGAUGUGAAAUUUAAAGGCAUCUUUCAUUCAGUGAUCAUUUCUCCUGAUAGGAUUGAAGAACUGAAUGUUGUAAACUAUACAGAUAAUGGGCUGACCUUAGGUGCUGCCCUCAGCCUGGCUCAGGUGAAGGACAUCCUGGCUAAUGUGAUCCUGAAGCUCCCAGAGGAGAAGACGCAGACGUACCAUGCCCUCUUGAAGCACUUGGGAACUCUGGCUGGAUCCCAGAUCAGGAACAUGGCUUCUUUAGGAGGCCACAUAGUGAGCCGGCAUCUCGAUUCAGAUCUGAAUCCCCUCCUGGCCGUGGGCAACUGUACCCUCAACUUGUUAUCAAAAGAAGGAAAACGACAGAUUCCUUUAAAUGAGCAGUUUCUCAGAAAGUGCCCCAGUGCUGAUCUCAAGCCUGAAGAAAUCUUGAUCUCAGUGAACAUCCCCUAUUCGAGGAAGUGGGAGUUUGUGUCAGCCUUCCGACAAGCCCAGCGGCAGCAGAACGCGCUAGCGAUAGUCAACUCAGGAAUGAGAGUGUUUUUUGGAGGAGGAGACGGCAUCAUUAGAGAGUUGUCCAUCUCGUACGGAGGCGUUGGUCCAACCACCAUCUGUACAGAGAAUUCCUGCCAGAAACUCAUCGGAAGGCCCUGGAAUGAAGAGAUGCUGGACGCAGCUUGCAGGCUGAUUCUGGAUGAAGUCUCCCUCCCUGCCUCAGCUCCAGGUGGAAAGGUGGAAUUCAAGAGGACCCUCAUCAUCAGCUUCCUCUUCAAGUUCUACCUGGAAGUGUCACAGAUUUUGAAGAGGAUGGACCCUGUUCACUAUCCUAGCCUUGCAGACACGUAUGAGAGUGCUUUAGAGGAUCUCCAUUCCAGACAUCACUUGAGUACCUUAAAGUACGAGAAUGGAGACCUACUGCAACUUCCUCAAGACCCAAUUGGCCAUCCCAUCAUGCAUCUGUCUGGUAUUAAGCAUGCCACGGGUGAGGCCAUCUACUGUGACGACAUGCCUGCAGUGGACCAGGAACUGUUCUUGGCUUUUGUAACAAGUUCAAGAGCUCAUGCUAAGAUUGUGUCUAUUGAUCUGUCAGAAGCACUCAGCCUGCCAGGUGUGGUGGACAUCGUGACUGAGGAAGAUCUUCACGGCGUAAAUUACUUCUGCCUUUUAACCGAACCUGAGAAACUUCUAUCGACAGAGGAGGUAUUCUGCGUGGGUCAGCUGGUCUGUGCUGUGAUCGCUGAUUCCGAGGUCCAGGCAAAGCGAGCUGCGAAGCGAGUGAAGAUCGUCUACCAAGAUAAGGAGCCACUGAUCCUAACCAUCGAGGAAGCUAUCCAACACAAGUCCUUCUUCGAGGAAGAAAGGAAACUGGAGUAUGGAAAUGUUGAGGAAGCAUUUAAAAUGGUGGAUCAGAUUCUUGAAGGUGAAAUACACAUGGGCGGUCAGGAACAUUUUUAUAUGGAGACCCAAAGCAUGCUUGUUGUUCCCAAAGGAGAGGAUCAAGAAAUUGAUGUCUACAUAUCCACACAGUUUCCCAAAUACAUACAGGACAUAGUUGCUUCGACCUUGAAGCUCCCAGCUAACAAGGUCAUGUGUCAUGUAAAGCGUGUUGGUGGGGCUUUCGGAGGGAAGGUGAUAAAGACUGGCAUCAUGGCAGCCAUCACCGCAUUUGCCGCAAACAAGCACGGCCGUGCAGUCCGCUGCAUUCUAGAACGAGGAGAAGACAUGUUAAUAACUGGAGGCCGCCACCCUUACCUUGGAAAGUAUAAAGCUGGAUUCAUGAACGACGGCAGAAUCUUAGCCCUAGACAUGGAGCAUUAUUCCAAUGGAGGUGCCUCCCUCGAUGAGUCAUUAUUUGUGAUAGAGAUGGGACUUCUGAAAAUGGAAAAUGCUUACAAGUUUCCCAACCUGCGCUGCCGGGGGUGGGCAUGCAGAACCAACCUUCCAUCCAACACGGCUUUGCGUGGGUUUGGCUUUCCUCAAACAGGACUGAUCACUGAAUCCUGUAUCACAGAAGUUGCAGCCAAAUGUGGGUUGUCCCCGGAGAAGGUCCGAACUAUAAACAUGUACAAGGAAAUUGAUGAAACACCCUACAAACAAGAGAUUAAUGCCAAGAACCUGAUCCAGUGUUGGAAAGAAUGUAUGGCCAUGUCUUCCUACGCCCUGAGGAGAGCGGCCGUGGAAAAAUUCAACUUGGAGAAUUACUGGAAGAAGAAGGGGCUGGCCAUGGUCCCCGUGAAGUUUCCUGUUGGCCUUGGGUCAACAGCUGCUGGUCAGGCUGCUGCCCUGGUCCACAUUUAUCUAGACGGGUCUGUGCUGGUGACUCAUUGCGGAAUUGAAAUGGGGCAGGGGGUCCACACUAAAAUGAUUCAGGUGGCCAGUCGUGAAUUAAAGAUGCCAUUGUCCAAUAUCCACCUGCGCGGAACAAGCACAGAAACCAUCCCUAAUACAUGUGUCGCUGGAGGGUCCGUGGUGGCUGAUCUCAAUGGGCUGGCAGUAAAGGAUGCUUGUCAAACUCUCCUAAAGCGCCUUGAACCCGUCAUCAGCAAGAAUCCUCGAGGCACUUGGAAGGACUGGGCACAAGCUGCUUUCAAUGAAAGCAUUAGUCUUUCAGCUACUGGAUACUUCAGGGGUUAUGAGUCGGACAUAAACUGGGAGACAGGCGAAGGCCAUCCUUUCGAAUACUUUGUUUACGGAGCUGCCUGUUCCGAGGUUGAAAUAGACUGCCUGACAGGGGCGCAUAAGAACAUCAGAACAGACAUCGUCAUGGAUGUUGGUUGCAGCAUAAAUCCUGCCCUUGACAUAGGCCAGAUUGAAGGUGCAUUUAUUCAAGGCAUGGGACUUUAUACAAUAGAGGAACUGAAUUAUUCUCUUCAGGGUGUCCUGUACACUCGUGGCCCAAACCAAUAUAAAAUCCCUACCAUCUGUGACGUCCCCGUGGAGCUGCACAUUUCUUUGUUGCCUCCGUCUCAAAACUCAAAUACCCUGUAUUCAUCUAAGGGUCUGGGAGAGUCUGGGAUAUUCCUGGGCAGCUCGGUGUUCUUUGCGAUCCGCGACGCGGUGAAUGCAGCGCGACGGGAGAGAGGCCUGCCUGGACCUCUGAAGCUCAAGAGUCCACUGACCCCGGAGAAGAUUAGGAUGGCCUGUGAAGACAAGUUUACAAAAAUGAUUCCAAGAGACGAACCUGGAUCCUAUGUUCCUUGGAGUGUACCCAUAUGAAUCAAAUGCAAACUCUGGGAGAAGACGGGGUGACUCUCCCAACACAGCAAUCUGUGCAGUCCUCUGCUUUAUGAUGAUGGGUCUGGAAGACAAAUUUUCACAGUUCAAAAAUCAUUGCAUAGAAUAUUGCUUUUAGAGGAUGCUGAUUUUAAAUGUUCCAUUUAGUUUGAUAGAUAUGCUUAAGCAAUUUAGAAAUCAUAUUUUAAAUGGUAUAAAGGCUAACUGGUUUCCUCUGGAAUGAUACUCCCCAUUAGUCUAGCCCUUUAAUCCAUCCAGCUGAAUGGAAUGGACGAUGAUGACUUGUAUGUGAUGCAUGGUUGGCUUGUAUUCACCAACAGAAAUUAUACUCUCUAGUGAAAGGCAAUUUUCUAAAUAAUUUUAUUAGUAUGAACUAUAAAAUUGUCAUUUUCUCAUUUGUCCCCAUAUGCUAUCACCCUCCUUUUCUUGUCAGAAUGGAUCCAAAUACUCUAUCUAAAGAGUCUGUGGGACCAAAGGGAAAAAUAGGUAAAUUGUGUGUAAUCAAAACUAGAAUCCUUUGUGCUUCAAAAAGCACUACAGGAAAUUGAAAAGACAAACCACAAAAUGUGAGAAAAUAUUGGCAAAUCUUAUAUCUGUUAAAGAUCUAAUGUGCAGAAUGUAUUUUAAAACUCUUACAACUCGAAAAUAAAAAGGGAAAUAACCCAAUUUUUAAAUGGGCAAAGGAGUUAAAUAGACAUUUCCCCAAAAACAUGUAAAUGGCCAAUAAGCUCAAACUCAUUAGUUGUUAAGGAAAUGCAAAUCAAAACCACACUGAGAUAUAAUUUCACACUCAUGGCUAAUGGGUGGGUCGGUGGGUAAGCAUGGGCAAGGAUGUGGAUCAAUUGGAACUGUACCCAUUGUUAGGGAGAAUGAGAAUUGUGCAGGUGCUCUGGAAAAAGAGUUUGGUAGUUCCUCAAGGGUGGAGGUGUCCACUCUGCUUAUGUACCCAAGAGAACUGAAAGCAUAUGUUCACACAAAAGGCAUAUACAAAUGUUUAUAGCAUUAUUCAUAAUAGCCAAAAGUGGAAACAACUCGACUCUAUCAACUGAUAACAAAAUGUGAUUAAACAAAGUGUGGUAUAUCCAUACAAGGGAAUAUUAUUCAACCAUACAAAAGAAUGAAGUACCUUUACAUGCUACAACAUGGGUAAACCUUGAAAACACUGUCUAAAUGAAAAUAGCCAGGCACAAAGGCCACAUAUUGUAUGAUUCCAUCUACAUGAAAUGUCCAGAAUAGGCAAAUUCACAGAGACAGAAAGUAGAUUAGUGGUUGCCAGGACCUAUGGGGAAAGGGACGGUGACUGCUAAUAGGUACAGAUGUCUUUUCAGGGAGAUGAAAAUGAUCUGGAAUAGAUAGUGAUGAUGGUUGUAUAACCUGUGAAUAUAUUAAAACCCAUCGGAUUAUACACUUUAAAAGAGUAAAUUUUAUGGUACGUGAAUUACAUCUCAAAAAAAUAGCAUAUAUGGAGAGACACAGUUAAGGUAGAAAAUGUUGAAAAGUUGUGAGAAUCAUAAGAAAUGUAUCCCAGUGGACUUCAGUGAUAGGAAACAUCGACAGGGACUGAAGAGCAAGACAUACUCACUGAAAAACUCCAUUUCCAUUCAUGGCAGAGAGAAGCGUCAGCACUGAGGGACAAAGCACUAGAGGCUAGUGUGUCAUUCCUUCUCCCCAUCACACUCCCAAAUCAGGGACUCUUGUCUCGGGGCUGGCAAAGCUUCUCCAGUGGCCUUGGACUAAAGGCGAAGGUCAUUCUGGUCAUGGUUACAUGUGGUCACACUAAAUCCCUUUAAAGAGCAGAUUUUCUCAUAAUACCCCAGACAGCCAUGGAGCACCUACUCUGUGCAGGCACUGUUUUAGUCACUUCGGAUCUAGCAGUAAACUAGCCAGCAGAGAUCCCUGCCCUUGGGAAGAUUAUAUUCUAGUCAGGGGGGACAGACAGAAGAUACUGAAUAUAGUAAGUCAACUGUGGAGUAUGGCUGACGGUGAUGAGUGCUGAGGAACAGUGAAGGUCUGAUGGAGGGUGAGGGAGGUUGCAGUGGAGUAGGUCAGGGAAUGAGGAUGCCGAGGGUCUGAGCCAAGCAGGCACCUGGAGGAAGUGCAUGUUAGAGAGAAAGCUGGAGAGAGGUCCCCCAAGGGGAGAGGAGGGUGCCUGACUGUCAGGGAACAGCAGGACGCCUGCAUGCCUGGAGCAGGCUUGAGGAGGGGCAGACGUGGAGAAACUUGAGCCCAUUGUGAGGACUUUUAAUCGGAGUGAAAUGCAGAGCAAAGAAGUAACAUGAACUGACAUAUUUUAAAGACUCGUCUUGGUUGCUGUGGUGACACAGACGGUAGGAGGGCACAUUCUUUUGGUUCUCACAAAGUCUUAGUCUUUUCCAAGUAUAGGAAGAUGGAAAACCUCGUAACAACUGAAGAAAUGCCAAUUUGCCCCAGAUAUUUGAACGAUGGCAAAUGUGGAUGAUACUCAGCGUUGGGGAAGGAUACAGGAAACAGACACUCAUACUGAUUCAUUGUAUUAGUGCACAUUUUGGAAGACAACUUAGACCUCACAGCAUGCAGACCCUUCAACCCAGGAAUUCCAGUUCCCAGAAUGUGUGCAACAGAAACACGUGCUCAAAUGUGCAAAGAUAAAGCCCAAGGGUUUUCAUCGCAGUAUUGUUUGUAAUAGUGAAUAAAGGAAAACAGUGUAAACUAAUAGGGGACAGUUUAAUAAAUUAUGGCAAUAAUAAAAA